AUGGUUCAGCUGUAUUCAGAAAAUGUGAAAAGUACUGUAAUGAAUCAAAAACCAACGGAUAGCAAGAUGCCAGCAGGACAGACUAUAAAAAUUUGGUGCAAAAAGUAUUUAUUAGAAGGACAAUCUCUGGAUGCUGAGCAGGCAGAAAAAGUCGAACAAUUACCAGAAAAUCCUACGAUUAACGAUUUAGUAUUUAUAAAGUACCGAAAAUGGAUAGCCAUGUUGUUACCGAUGACUUUUAUUCAUAUAAUUUGGUGGUCCAUUGCAAUUCGAUAUGAUUUGUUUCAAUACUAUCUAGAAUACUGGCAUAUGCCAGUUGUCAUGAUUCUCGGCUCAAUCAUUGGUGGAAUGACUUCUGAAGGAGCUGGAGCUGUUGCCUUUCCUGUAAUGACUCUUGCCCUUCACAUUGAUCCAACAAUUGCUAGAGAUUUUGCGCUGAUGAUGUGUAGGAUGACUUCUGCUCUUGUUUGUGUUCUUUUCAUGAGGGUGAAAUUUGAAACUCGAGCAGUAAUAUUGGGAUGUCUUGGGGCAGUUCCUGGUUUUGUCAUUGGUGUUCACUGGAUUGAUCCAAUUUUCAAUGGACCACAAAAGAAAAUGCUUUUUGUCUCUAUUUGGACGGCAUUUGCAUUGUCUCUCGGAAUCCUGAACGCCCAAAAGAAGAGACCCACAUUCCGCGAGAUUCCAGAAUUUUGUGCCUGGAAAGGAUGGGUUCUCUUCUUCACUGGAAUUAUUGGAGGAAUCUUCGACGCUUUCGCAGGAUCUGGAAUUGACAUCUGCAUCUUCUCCGUCAUUACUCUCCUUUUCCGUGUCACUGAGAAGACUGCCACUCCAACAACCGUCGUCUUGAAGGGAACUAUUGCCGUUUUUGGAUUCUACUACAGAGCGGUUAUGAUGGGAGACAUUGACAUUAUGGCAUGGAGAUAUUUUUCCGUUACUGUUCCAAUUUCUGCUUGUGGCGGACCUAUUGGAUCAUUUUUAGGAUCUCAUUUACAUCGGCAGUUAAUUGCGAGUUUUGUAUAUAUUCUGGAAGCAAUUGCUUUGUUAGGAUUCUUGUUUACAAAACCUGGUUGGCAAUUGAUGACUGUUGGAGCUGUUAUCAUAAUCGGAUGUUUCGUAUUUUUCUCCAUUGUUUCGAAAUUUGGAUCGAUUCUUCUUGAACGACUGGAUCCACAAGAAGCAAAAGAAAAGGAGCUACGGAAGUUGGAAGAGCAGAAAACAGAAACGGGUCAACAAUAA